AUGGAAUCGAGUAACGAUGAUGUCGAUGUGUCAGCUGAAAAUAAUAUUUCUCAGACUUUUUCUCGCGCAAAUUCACUUAAAAAACAGCAUGUUCAUUGGCUUGAUAGAUCAACAACAUCAAAAUCAGAUGAUUUCCAUUCAAUAAACCAUCAAAAAGUCAUACCACGAAAACAAUCAUUCAUCGGAGAAGAUAUUUUUGAUUCUACGGUGCUUACUGAAUCACCAUUAGCUCAUCGUAAUCGUGCUGUUAUAUCGACUUCAUCAUCAGCUCUUUCUCAUUUCAUUCCAACAACGAUUAUUCCAGUUGGUUCUGCAGUUAAUAAUACUGGUACAAGUCAAUUAUUAACAUUAUCUAAAGAAUUUACGUCUAUUUUUGUUAAUAAUAAUAUUAUUGUGUAG